GUAAUAUUGGAUGCACACUCUUGUUGACGCGAUCCUCUUGCGCAUGCGUACACACAUCAAAACAUCGCGUGAAGAGGGGUGACCGCGCCUGGGGAUAAUUUAAUAAAACAAUGCCUUAUCGGGCGUGCGGUGUCUUCAGUUUAAUCUCAGUGUGACAGCUCGGUGAGUGAUCAGAGGAUGGACAACGUUACCGUGUCAGCCUCAGGUGGGACAGCAGAGGAUAUGGAGGGGAUCUGUGUAAUGCCGGAUUUGAGUGCCAUCAAGACUGAGCAGUCGAUGGGUGCAAGCCCAGAUGACACAGGCACCCAGAAUGUUGCCAUGGGCAUCAAGUUCAUCCUCCCCAACCGCUUUGACAUGAAUGUUUGCUCAAGGUUUGUCAAAUCGCUAAACGAGGAGGACAGCAAGAACAUCCAGGACCAGGUCAACUCUGAUCUGGAGGUGGCUUCUGUUUUAUUUAAAGCUGAGUGCAACAUCCAGACCUCACCUUCCCCAGGUAUACAAGUGCGCCAUGUUUACACGCCCUCCACCACCAAACAUUUCUCCCCCAUCAAACAGUCCACAACCCUCACCAAUAAACACCGUGGCAACGAGGUUUCUUCCACACCUCUUUUGGUGCAUUCUUUGUCCAUUCAUCAGCUUGCAGCCCAGGGUGAAAUGGUGUUCCUGGCCAGCAGGAUUGAACAAGAGACUGUAAUCAACCUCCAAGAUGAGGAAGGCUUUACCCCCCUGAUGUGGGCGGCUGCACACGGACAAAUUGCUGUUGUUGAGUUUCUCCUCCAAAAUGGUGCUGACCCCAACCUCCUGGCCAAAGGGAGGGAAAGUGCAUUGUCUUUGGCCUGCAGCAAGGGAUACACUGAUAUUGUGAAGAUGCUUAUUGACUGUGGUGUAGAUGUCAAUGAAUAUGACUGGAAUGGAGGAGCCCCUCUGCUAUAUGCUGUCCAUGGGAACCAUGUGCGCUGUGUUGAAAUUUUGUUAGAGAGUGGUGCUGAUCCCACUAUUGAGUCAGAUUCUGGAUUCAAUGCAAUGGACAUGGCUGUGGCUAUGGGCCACCGGAAUGUUCAACAGGUGAUGGAGGCACAUCUACUGAAGUUACUGAUGGGAAUCAGAGACUGAACUGUGACACUUGAGGAAAACAAAUACGGAAGGGACGAAGCUGGGCUCUGGACAAUCAUGUAGCACGCCCAGGCUGCCUGCCAACAGUAAUAUAUUAGUUCAUUAAGUGACAUUUCAACAUCAUGUCAACAGCGUCUUGUUGGCACGAUGCAUGUGACGUUUAUAUGCUACGAAUUUACAAUUUUAACCAUCUUUCAAAAACUGUUUUACAUUACGUUUCAUAUUGAAUGCGGAGUUGCAAAUCUGAUCCGGAGACACUGAAAGAUUUUCACGCUGCCAAAUGGAGUGCAGUGUAAGAUUGAUUUUGGUUUAACCGAGCAUGGAGGUUUUGAGUCUUUUAAUAUUGUAUAUUACAUUACAUGCCAUCAGUGGCCAUUCCAUACUUUUCCCCAUCAUGGCAAGUGUUUUUUAAAUAUAACUUAUUAACCUUGAUGAAAAAACAGAUUUUAAAAGUAAAGGAAUAUUCGUGUAAUACAAAUUGCCUCAUGUUCAUACUGUCAGGUCUUCACAGUGAGCACAUUUCUGAGUCUCAUUUUGCUCUCAUGAGGACCACUGCACAGUGGGUGGACUGAAAAUAGGCUCGUAUAGACUGGAAUGCACACGGUUACAGACUGUGUUUUUAUAACGCUGCCAUAUUGUUUGUUGAUCCUGAAGAUCUUUGUGUUGGUUGUUCCGAGUUUAUUUAUUUGAAUACUUUAGACGUUGUGUUGUAAUGUGAUAAAACUCUCAUAUUGAUGUAAGUCUGUUUUGUUUCUGUGUAUUUAUGAUACUGAUGUUCACUGAUGUGUUGUGAAUUUUAAAAGACCUCACACCUCAUUUUAAUGUCCCGCGAGGUUACUGUGGUGCUGUUUGCCACUGUGUAAGGGUGCUUGUGUUUUAUAUCAGACAUAAGUGGUGUUUCAAGAAAUAACUUGUCCUGACCUCAGUAUCACUCAUUAUGCUGUACAGAUAUUUAUCUGAUCACAAGUCAAAAAGGUAAAACCACUGUUUAUAGUUGCAGAAAUUAAGCUGUUAUUUAAUUAAAAGAUCUUUUUAAACUGCAAACAGAGUCACAGUCAUGGGGAGAGUACACUUUAGUUGCUGUUGAGUGCUGCACAUAGAAGCAGGGGAGGGGUCUGUCAGUGAAUGUAAAACUAAAGGACUAUUAAUUAUAAGCCAAGAAUCUAAUAACAUGCUACUAGCGCUAGACAUGUUUAUUUCACAGUUGUGUGCUAAUAUAUUUUGUCUGCCUAUUCA